AUGAAAAUCUUAGCUUGGAACUGCAGGGAGCUUGGGAACCGGCGUGCAGUUCAAGAGCUUGUCGAUAUUGUGCAAGCACAAGAUCCCAUGAUUGUGUUUUUAUCAGAAACAUGGUCAUCUAAUGAGCAUAUGAAAUGGGCAGGGAUUGAUGUAUGGGUGGAUAGUUUUUUGAAUUACCACAUAGAUUCUAUUGUGCAUGGUGGUUCGGUGAAUGCAUGGAGAUUUACUGGGUUCUAUGGAGAGCCUGAUACAGGUCGGCGAAGUGAGGGUUGGAAUAUGUUACGAAUGCUUAGUUCUAAACCGCAGCUUCCAUGGUGUUGUUUGGGAGAUUUUACUGAGUUGCUUGAAGUGCACGAGAAGAAAGGAGGGGUACCUCGGGCUUAUUCUUUGAUGCAAAAUUUUCGUGAUGCAUUGGACCAUUGUGGGUUUGUUGACUUAGGGUUUUAUGGAUUGGAAUUCACUUGGCAUGGUAGGCGAAGGGGGGAGUGGAUAUGGGAGAGAUUGGAUAGGGGAGUUGCAAAUUAUGAGUGGUUGACCCGGUUUCCUACAGGUAAGGUAAAGCAUCUAAAUUGCUUUACAUCAGAUCAUAGGCCAAUUCUUCUGUCCUUGGAUGGUAAUAGUGAGUUCCAAAAGCGUAGGAAGCCCUUUCGAUUUGAAGCAAUGUGGAUUUCAGAUCUUGAGUGUAAAGAGGUGGUGAAAAGGGCUUGGGAUUGUGCUCCUAAUGGUACUCCCAUGUUCGUUGCUACUGCAAAACUGAGGAGGUUUUCGGUUAGAACUAGGGAGCAUGAGGAUGUUGUGCGGUUAAAGAAGGAAUUGAAUACUUUAUAUGAUAAAGAGGAGAAGAUGUGGCAACAACGGUCCAGGAUUCAAUGGUUGAAGCAUGGUGAUCAAAAUACAAAGUUCUUUCAUGGUAUCGCUACUCAAAGGAAGAGGAAGAAUUUUAUUAAGGGUUUGCGUGAUGGGAAUGGAGUUUGGCAGGAAAAUGAGGAAGAUUUUGACAAGGUUUUUGAUGGGGUUGAAGCUAUGGUAAUCGAGACUAUGAGAGCUGAUUUGGAGAGGCCUUUUAGUAGUGAGGAGGUGGGAUUGGCAAUUAAGGAAAUGGCUCCCCUUAAAGCCCCUGGUCCGGAUGUCCAAAAUCCUGAAAGGGUUUCAGAUUUUAGACCCAUAAGUUUGUGCAAUGUGAUUUAUAAGAUCAUUAGUAAAGUGAUUGCCAAUCGCCUUAAGCCUUUGCUUAAUUCCAUUAUUUCUGAGACCCAAAGUGCCUUCAUUGCUGAUAGAUUGAUCACUGAUAAUAUUUUAAUUGCAUUUGAAUCUUUGUAUCAUAUGAAGAAUAGUUGUACAUGGAAGAAAGGUUUUAUGGCUAUGAAAUUAGAUAUGAGCAAGGCUUAUGACUGGGUGAAAUGGGUGUUUCUGGAAAAAAUUCUUAUCAAGAUGGGAUUCCCGCUCACUUGGGUGACUUUGAUUAUGGAGUGUGUUACCACUGUAUCAUAUUCUAUUCUCGUGAAUGGUGAGCCAAAGGAUGAUUGCUUAAUCUUUUUCAGGUCUACUUUAGAAGAGUACAAUAAAAUUCAAGAGCUACUGGCUUAUUAUGAGGUAGCUUCGGGUCAAGUGAUUAAUAAGGAGAAAACCACUCUUUACUUUAGUAGAAACACAGAUAAAGGAACCCAGGAAGCUAUAAAAGUGGCCCUUAAUGUCCUGGCUAUUAGACAUUAUGAGAAAUAUUUGGGCUUACCUUCUUUUGUUGGAAGAAAUAGGACGGCAUGUUUUACUCAAAUAAAGGAAAGGAUAUGGGGUUGUAUGCAAGGUUGGAAGGAAAAGUUGUUGUCUCAAGCAGGGCGGGAGGUUAUGAUUAAGGCAGUGGUCCAAUCUAUUUUAGUCUACUCGAUGAGUGUGUUCAAGCUUCUGGUGUGGCGUCUUAUUCAUCAUCGUGACUCCCUUCUUUUUAAAGUGUUUAGUGCAAAGUACUUUCCGAAUGGUAAUAUUCUUGAGGCUCUAGUUCAUCCUAGAUGUUCCUAUGCUUGGCGAAGUAUUUUACAAGCUCGGGGUGUUAUUGAGAAAGGGGCAAUUUGGAGGGUUGGUAAUGGGCAAUUGAUUGAUGUAUGGCAACAUAGGUGGCUACCUAAUUUGAACCACAUUAAGAUCAUAUCUCCAAAAGCUAGUUCCUUAGUUCAACGGGUUUGUGAUUUGUUCCUCCCUGACACAAGAAUUUGGGACUCGAGUCACUUGGAGAGUUGUUUUCUUCCAUGGGAGGCAGAUAUGGUGCGACAGAUUCAAGUUUGUAAGGAGGGGGUUGAAGAUACUCUGAUUUGGCCUCUGACUAAUGAUGGUGACUAUAGUGUUAGGAGUGCUUACUGUAUGCUUGGCUCUGCUGAAGCUCUUCUCAUGUUGAGCUCAUCAUCUCAUGACAAUAAUGGUGUGGUUUGGAAGCAGAUAUGGAAGAUUUGA